UCUAGCCGCUCACACACACAUUCGCCACCCAAAUGUAUCGGAAACAUGCAGCCAAGAUAAAAUAGUGAAAAAACUAGUUAGCAAACACAACCGAUCAGUGCGGAUAAUAAGAAUUGGCAAUACAAAAUUAAAUGUUUCGUGCUAUCGCCGAGCCAGCUCAGAAGCAGCCGCUCCCCAACUGAGAGCACGGAGAAUCCAGCUCUGGCCACUUGCUCCUCCGGAUCCGGCUCCUGCUCCUGCUCCCCCCAAUCCUUACCCCCGCCUCCUCCCGCCAAAUUCAAACCCUACUCCAAAUGACGGACGGCGAACAGCAGGAGGCGUUGGUCAAGCGGGCCGAGGACGAGCGCGAGGACAUCUUCCGGCGUUACGAACUUGGUCUAGAUCCCAGCAAUGUGGUUGACUCAUGGGAGAAUCCCACAUUCGAGCUAUACCACAUUACAGACAAAUAUGGCUUUAUGCACGACUCCCGCCUACCGACGACGCGGGACGCCCAAGAGAUGCAUCGUAAUAAAAUUGAAAUGGAGCGGGACAAGAAGUGGGUAAAGAUGCUGAAUCAAUGGCCACCGCCCCACGACAAGUUGCAUAAGCGCGUCUACAAGGGCAUACCGGAUCGUGUGCGGAUGGUUGCCUGGAAUAAGUUGCUGGACAUCCAGCAUGCGAUCGACAGGAAUACCGGCGUCUAUCCACGUAUGCUACAGCUGGCCAGGAAGUAUUCAACGGAGACCCGACAGAUCGAUGCGGAUGUUAAUCGCCAGUUUCGCGACAAUCUUGCCUUUCGAGAGCGCUACAGCGUAAAGCAGUGCUCGCUAUUUAAUGUGCUCAACGCCUACAGUAUCUAUAACUCAGAGCUGGGCUACUGCCAGGGCAUGGCCUGCGUGGCCGGUGUGUUGCUGCUUUAUUUAAAUGAGGAGGAGGCCUUCUGGGCACUUAACACGCUGAUAACAGACCAAAAAUAUGGAAUGCAUGGGCUGUUUAUUGAGGGAUUCCCCAAGCUGACGCGAUUUAUAGACCAUCAUGACCGCAUCAUGUCAAAAAUAAUGCGUAAACUACAUAAGCACUUUACCAAACAUAACGUCGACGCCCUGCUGUAUGCCAUCAAGUGGUUCUUUGUUGUCUUCGUAGAACGGGUCCCUUUCAGUUUGAGUCUGCGCGUGUGGGACAUUUUCAUGUUAGAUGGCGAUCGCGUUAUUCUGUCCAUGGCCAUCACCAUUCUGUAUCUUCACAAAGACGAGUUGCUGCGCUUGAAGGACAUGGACGCCAUCAUCGAGUAUCUGCAAGUGAAACUGCAUAAGAACUUUGGCUACAGCGACGAUGACGCCAUUCAGGCCCUGGAGCGAGUGAUGAAGAAACUCAAGGACCUCAAGCUGGAUGUGCCGCCGCCUGCGAAAUCAAAUGAGUUUCCCACCCGCAAAUUGGGCGACUUUGUGGAGGCCGACAUGGAAAAAAAGAUCGGGCGCAGAAGAAACGAUUACACAGAUGCAGAGAAACAAGUCAUAACAGAUGUGAUAUCAAGACAAGAACAAAACGCGAUUGACGUUCAAUCCACAGUGUCCUACGAAACUUCCGAGUGCGCCACGGUUACGCUUACUGUUCCCGAGGAUUCGCAUUCAAUACGAAGUUCGCUUGCAGGUACUUCAGUUGCCUCGCACGGCUCAUCCGAGACCAUGUCACUGGAGGACAAUAAUAUUCACCUGAGGACCGCCAACAUGCUGCAGAACACACCGCAGCGUGAAAUGCUUCUGGGCACCUGACGUCAGCUGCCGCCUGCGUCCGCCACGACGCAGGCAGCUGCAGAGAACCGUCAAACACUCACCACAGCAACCUCUACGGGAUUAGUAGUAGCAGGAGCAUCGGGAGUUAGCCCCACAUCUUCGCCAAGAGCCACACCCACGCCGCCGCCCGUGCCGCCAAGAUCUCCACUAGCGUUGGGAUGACUAGCAAAGCAAAAGGAGGCGGCAAACCGAAGUGGGAUUACCUAGUUCCUGGUGCUUGCCGUCGCCUGCCUUUGCUUAGCCUUAAGUCUUCUAGCCCUGCCCCCGCUGAAAACACUAAAACUAGGACUUCCAUAGGAGCAGCAUUAGCAAUCAACAAGCUUCAAGAGUCUGAAGUCAUACACUUUGUACAUACGCCGCGGGAAGCUUGGGCACGACUUGGUAGUGAAAACCCAAUUCCGGGAUUAGAUGCGCCAAAUUAAAUUUACAAAAAGUUACGAGUUAAACAAUUGAUAAAAGCAAUCGAGAAUUACAUACACAAAAUGCUAAUGGAACAAUAUUUAAGCAAGAGCAAAUCGUAUCUAAUACAACUACAAAGCGGUUAGAAAUCUAUUAAUUGCAUAUUGAAUUCAACUCAAAACAUAUAUUAUAUAUAGAAAUUGUUGUAAAUUGUACUUGUAUAUACGUACCGAACAAAAUACAAAGCAACGUUAAAAAGUUACGUCCAUGAAAUGCAAACGAAUGUAAAGGCGAAAAGCAACCAAAUAUUAAUUGAAAGCUAUAGAUAACAGAGAAUCGAAUGAUUACGCUAGAUAUAUGUAUAGUUAUACCAGCAUAGCAGUACACGACCAGAAAAAACUGACAAAUGAAUUGAGUAUUUAUAAUUAAUUUCAUGAUUAACCUUUACACAAACAUGAAUCACUAGUUUAAGUUUCUCAGCAAAAGGAAUUAUGUUUAUUUUAGUUUAAAUUAUGUUCAACAGCGUUUCAAAAUAAAUCUGUCAACUGAAGCUAA